CGCUCGCGCGCGAAGAGUCCAGUCAGUCACAGCGCAGGACAGAGACAGUCACAGUACCGCAGACCGGACCAGAACCGGGGCCAGAAUCAGCACCAGCAUCUGGACUAGGACCAGGACCAGGACCAGGACCGAGCGGGUUUCAUUGGGUUCAUCUGACAGAACACACACAGAUCCUCUCUGUGUGUCCUGAUUGGCUCGAGGGCGGGGCUAAACUCACUCCGAGGCGCCUCAUUGGUCACUCGGCGUGAUGGACAGGCCGAGGGACGGCCGAUUGGCUCUGCUGCUGCUGCUGCUGGGUCACAUGAUCACGGCGCUGGAGGUUCCUCUGGACCCUAAACUCCUGGAAGGAUUGCCGCAGCCGCCCACAAUCACCCAUCAGUCGCCGAAGGAAUAUAUCGUGGACCCGCGCGAGAACAUCGUCAUCCACUGCGAGGCCAAAGGGAAGCCGCACCCCAGCUUCUCGUGGACCAGGAACGGGACGCAUUUCGACAUCGAUAAAGAUCCCAAAGUCACGAUGAAGCCUCAUUCAGGAACGCUGGUGAUCGACGUCAUCGGAGGAGAGAAGGCCGACGCCUACGAGGGCGUGUAUCAGUGCACCGCCCACAACCAGCUCGGCUCCGCCCUCUCCAACCACAUCACCAUCCGCCAGUCCAGAUCUCCUCUGUGGUCCAAAGAGAGGUUCAGUCCAAUCGUUGUGCAGGAGGGACAGUCGCUGGUCCUGCACUGCCGCCCCCCCGCCGGCCUCCCGCCGCCCAUCGUGUUCUGGAUGGACAACAAUUUCCAGCGUCUGCCGCAGAGCCGGCGAGUGUCUCAGGGUCUGAACGGAGACCUGUACUUCUCCAACGUCCUGAUGGAGGACUCCAGGAACAACUACAUCUGCUACGCCCGGUUCCCACACACGCAGACCAUCCAGCAGAAGCAGCCCAUCACCGUCCACGUCAUCGACCUGGAUUCACUCAAUGACACAAUGGCAGAUUAUUUCAAUGACACUGAUUUGUUUAGUGAUAAGCCGGUGGGCGAGAGGGCGCCGGUGUUCCUGGUUCCCAGCGGCUCGCUCAGCUCUCAGAUGGUCCUGCGAGGAGAGGUUCUGGAGCUGGAGUGCAUCGCCGACGGCCUCCCCACUCCUGCGGUCUCCUGGACCAAGCUCAGCGGUGAGAUCCCCGCUCACCGAGCCUCACUGAUGAACUUCAACAAGACUCUGCGGAUCUCGGACGUGUCGGAGGCGGACGCCGGGGAGUAUCGCUGCACCGCCGGGAACCGGCUCGGCUCGGUUCACCACACCAUCAGAGUCUCCGUUAAAGCGGCUCCGUACUGGAUCAGCGCUCCCAGGAAUCUGGUUCUGGCUCCGCUGGAGACGGGCGUCAUCACGUGCCGGGCCCGAGGACACCCCAAACCCCACAUCCAGUGGUCCAUGAACGGCCUACCCAUCGAGGAUGCUCCUAAAGACCCGAGCCGGACGGUGGAGGACGACAGCAUCAUCUUCUCCGAGGUCCAGACGGGCUCCAGCGCCGUUUACCAGUGUAACGCCUCCAAUCCACACGGCUACUUACUGGCCAACGCCUUCGUCAACGUGCUGGCGGAGCCGCCCCGAGUUUUGACGGCCCCUAAUAAAGUGUAUCAGGUGAUCGAGAACCGCCCCGCUCUGCUGGAGUGCCUGUCCUUCGGCUCGCCCGUCCCGGUCGUCACAUGGUUUAAGGACAGCCGCUCCAGCAUGCUGGAGGGAGAUCCCUAUGUCUUCCACAAGAACGGGACGCUGGAGAUCCACGUGUCUCAGGCUGCAAACGGCGGGAAGUACACCUGCGUCGCCAGGAACAACCUCGGCAUCUCCGAGAACCACGUCUACCUGGAGGUCAAAGAGCCGACGCGGAUCCUCAGGCCUCCGGAGUACAGGGUGGUCCAGACGAACCGGGACGUUCUGUUCGAGUGUAAAGUGAAGCACGACCCGUCUCUCAUUCCCAGCACCAGCUGGCUCAAAGAUGGAGGAGAGCUGCCCGAAGACGACAGGUUUCGACCGCAGCUGGACAGUCUGACCAUCACAGGCGUGACGGAGAGCGACGCAGGAACGUACACGUGUGUCACACACACCUCUCUGGACCAGGACACGGCCAGCGCUCGGCUCACGGUGGUCGAGGCUCCACCCACUCUGCCGCCGAUCUACGGGCAGCCGGACGCUCCCACGGAUCUGGAGCUGACGGAUCCCGGAGCGAGAAGUGUUCAGCUCACCUGGACACCUGGAGACGAGCACAACAGCGCCAUCAAGAAGUUCCUGAUCCAGUACGAGGACGGUCUUCAUCAGAGUGGUGUGUGGCACAAUCUCACGGAGGUUCCCGGGACGAAGACCACGGCUCACCUCAAGCUCUCCCCGUACGUGCACUACAGCUUCAGAGUGCUAGCGCUCAACGGAGUGGGCUACAGCUGGCCCAGCUUACCCUCGCGCCAGUACAGGACCAACCCCGCAGCUCCAGACGAGAACCCCAGUGAGGUCAAAGGUCACGGCACGGAACACAAUAACCUGGUCAUCACGUGGAAGCCGCUGACGGGGCUCCAGGCGAACGGCCCCGGCCUGCAGUAUACGGUCCUGUGGCGUCAGCACGGCGUGGAGAAGGACUGGACCUCCGUCAGCGUGGCCAACGUCUCCAAGUUCGUGGUGUCGGGGACGCCCACGUUUGUGCCGUACGAGGUGAUGGUGCGGGCGCAGAACGCUUACGGACCCGGCCCCGAACCCGUCACUGUGAUCGGCCACUCCGGAGAGGACUUUCCCUCGGCGGCCCCGGGGCUGGUGCAGGUGGUGGUGCUGAACAGCACGCUGGCGGAGGUGCACUGGGAACACGUUCCUCUGCGGGCCGUGCGCGGGCGACUGCAGGGCUAUAAGGUUCAUUACCGGCGCGAGCGGAGUUUACACCAACACAACUCUCACCACGGCGAGCAGAGGAGCGAGAGCUUCGGGCCCAACAGAACCCGCGGGAAGCUCCCGGACCUGCACCCGUUCAGCGUCUACAGUCUGCACGUCACGGCGUUCAACAGCCGCGGGGAAGGACCCGCUAGCGCCACGCAGCGCUUCGAGACGCCGGAGGGCGUUCCCGGCGUGCCGUCGUUCUUCCGCGUGUCGGCUUCGGAUCUGGAUUCCCUGACGCUGGAGUGGGCUCCGCCUCACGAGAGGAACGGCCGUCUGACCGGAUACACCCUCAGAUAUCAGACGGUCAACAGCAGCCAUGACUUGGGUCUGCUGGAUGAGAUGGAUCUGCUGUCCAAUCAAAGCAGUGUAACGCUGCACAACCUCCAUCACAGCACGCGCUACAAGUUCUAUUUCAGUGCCAAAACACAGCAGGGAUCCGGGCCUGCGCUCACCGAGGAGGCCGUCACCAUCCUCCACAGAGGUACGUCCACUAGAUAGGGCACACUAGCGUCUCGCCAUCCUCCACAGAGGUACGUCCACUAGAUAGGGCACACUAGCGUCUCGCCAUCCUCCACAGAGGUACGUCCACUAGACAGGGCACACUAGCGUCUCGCCAUCCUCCACAGAGGUACGUCCACUAGAUAGGACACACUAGUGUCUCGCCAUCCUCCACAGAGGUACGUCCACUAGAUAGGGCACACUAGUGUCUCGCCAUCCUCCACAGAGGUACGUCCACUAGACAGGGCACACUAGUGUCUCGCCAUCCUCCACAGAGGUACGUCCACUAGACAGGGCACACUAGUGUCUCGCCAUCCUCCACAGAGGUACGUCCACUAGAUAGGGCACACUAGCGUCUCGCCAUCCUCCACAGAGGUACGUCCACUAGACAGGGCACACUAGUGUCUCGCCAUCCUCCACAGAGGUACGUCCACUAGAUAGGGCACACUAGCGUCUCGCCAUCCUCCACAGAGGUACGUCCACUAGACAGGGCACACUAGUGUCUCGCCAUCCUCCACAGAGGUACGUCCACUAGAUAGGGCACACUAGUGUCUCGCCAUCCUCCACAGAGGUACGUCCACUAGAUAGGGCACACUAGUGUCUGCCAUCCUCCACAGAGGUACGUCCACUAGAUAGGGCACACUAGUGUCUCGCCAUCCUCCACAGAGGUACGUCCACUAGAUAGGGCACACUAGCGUCUCGCCAUCCUCCACAGAGGUACGUCCACUAGAUAGGGCACACUAGUGUCUCGCCAUCCUCCACAGAGGUACGUCCACUAGAUAGGGCACACUAGUGUCUCGCCAUCCUCCACAGAGGUACGUCCACUAGAUAGGGCACACUAGCGUCUCGCCAUCCUCCACAGAGGUACGUCCACUAGAUAGGGCACACUAGUGUCUCGCCAUCCUCCACAGAGGUACGUCCACUAGAUAGGGCACACUAGUGUCUCGCCAUCCUCCACAGAGGUACGUCCACUAGAUAGGGCACACUAGUGUCUCGCCAUCCUCCACAGAGGUACGUCCACUAGAUAGGGCACACUAGUGUCUCGCCAUCCUCCACAGAGGUACGUCCACUAGAUAGGGCACACUAGUGUCUGGCCAUCCUCCACAGAGGUACGUCCACUAGAUAGGGCACACUAGCGUCUCGCCAUCCUCCACAGAGGUACGUCCACUAGAUAGGGCACACUAGCGUCUCGCCAUCCUCCACAGAGGUACGUCCACUAGAUAGGGCACACUAGUGUCUGGCCAUCCUCCACAGAGGUACGUCCACUAGAUAGGGCACACUAGCGUCUCGCCAUCCUCCACAGAGGUACGUCCACUAGAUAGGGCACACUAGUGUCUCGCCAUCCUCCACAGAGGUACGUCCACUAGAUAGGGCACACUAGCGUCUCGCCAUCCUCCACAGAGGUACGUCCACUAGACAGGGCACACUAGUGUCUCGCCAUCCUCCACAGAGGUACGUCCACUAGAUAGGGCACACUAGUGUCUCGCCAUCCUCCACAGAGGUACGUCCACUAGAUAGGGCACACUAGUGUCUCGCCAUCCUCCACAGAGGUACGUCCACUAGAUAGGGCACACUAGUGUCUCGCCAUCCUCCACAGAGGUACGUCCACUAGAUAGGGCACACUAGCGUCUCGCCAUCCUCCACAGAGGUACGUCCACUAGACAGGGCACACUAGUGUCUCGCCAUCCUCCACAGAGGUACGUCCACUAGAUAGGGCACACUAGCGUCUCGCCAUCCUCCACAGAGGUACGUCCACUAGACAGGGCACACUAGUGUCUCGCCAUCCUCCACAGAGGUACGUCCACUAGAUAGGGCACACUAGUGUCUCGCCAUCCUCCACAGAGGUACGUCCACUAGAUAGGGCACACUAGUGUCUGGCCAUCCUCCACAGAGGUACGUCCACUAGAUAGGGCACACUAGUGUCUCGCCAUCCUCCACAGAGGUACGUCCACUAGACAGGGCACACUAGCGUCUCGCCAUCCUCCACAGAGGUACGUCCACUAGACAGGGCACACUAGUGUCUCGCCAUCCUCCACAGAGGUACGUCCACUAGAUAGGGCACACUAGCGUCUCGCCAUCCUCCACAGAGGUACGUCCACUAGACAGGGCACACUAGUGUCUCGCCAUCCUCCACAGAGGUACGUCCACUAGAUAGGGCACACUAGUGUCUCGCCAUCCUCCACAGAGGUACGUCCACUAGAUAGGACACACUAGUGUCUCGCCAUCCUCCACAGAGGUACGUCCACUAGACAGGGCACACUAGUGUCUCGCCAUCCUCCACAGAGGUACGUCCACUAGAUAGGGCACACUAGCGUCUCGCCAUCCUCCACAGAGGUACGUCCACUAGAUAGGGCACACUAGUGUCUCGCCAUCCUCCACAGAGGUACGUCCACUAGAUAGGGCACACUAGUGUCUCGCCAUCCUCCACAGAGGUACGUCCACUAGACAGGGCACACUAGUGUCUCGCCAUCCUCCACAGAGGUACGUCCACUAGAUAGGGCACACUAGUGUCUCACUGGCCGUUCUGUGGGUUUUCGGUUUAAUUCACGACAGAGAAAGUGUGCUUUAGUUAAAGUACAGGUUGUUAAGUGUAAGUAUGCAUGUAAGAGGUUUGAGUGCACUUUAAAGUCCAGGUUCAAGUCAGUAAAAGACAUCAGUUUCAUCACUGAAAAUAGGUUUAAACUCUUAAUUAGCUCUCAGAGAUCUCUGCAUUGUGCGCUCUCUACAGAAUCCUGUGUGUGUUUUCCUUCUGAUCUUUUAAUCUUUCCUUUUUUAUAAAUGUCCUCCUUCUCUUUCCUCCUGACACUCGCUGCUGUGACCUCUGACCUGCUGGAGUCUCUUGAUGCUGUGUGAGUGUGUGUGAGAGAGAGUGUGUGUGUGUUUUCCAGGAGCUCGGGCACCCCACCCCCCACACGGGUACAGUCGCUGUAGUGACAUCAUCACUAGCCCCGCCCCUAACACGCUAACGUCAUGUCAUGUCCCGCCCUCACUGUACUCUCUCGCGCUCCUGACGCUUGUGUCUC